UCGUUUCCCUCCGCGCCGAGAGAACCAUCGCCAUGGUGGAAGAAGCCGGACGAGGGCCGGCGCCGGCCACCACCCUCCCCAACGAUCCCGAUGAGAUCGCUUCCCUCCUCCCGUUCCACCUCCUCCGAUCCCAAAUUCUCCCCCCUGCCCCCAAUCGCCGGAAGUCCGCCGUGGAUUGGCUCCCGGAGUUUGGCGGCGCCUCAUGGGUCUCAUACGGUGCAUCUUCCCUGCUCGUUAUCUCCCACUUCCCUAAUCCUCUAUACGAGCACGAGACUCUUGUUGGCUCGCUUUUGCAGCAGGUCAUCGAGCCACCUCCUUCGGAUGGCGGGGAUGAGCUUGCGGACGUGAAUGCUGUCAGGUGGUGUCCAGCACGCCCUUCGGUGGGGGAGAUCGCGGCGGCGGCCGGAAAUUUUAUCCGGUUUUAUUCACCGUGCACCGGGGACGAUCCGAGUUCUUUCUGUUGGAGGCAGACUGCAGGAAUUGUGCAGUCAUUCACAGUAGAGGCCAUUGAAUGGACGGGAUCAGGCGAUGGCCUCAUUGCAGCAGGUGUUUCUGUUGCCUUGUGGGUGAGAAAGAACAUGUCGUGGGAAAUGGCAUGGAAAUCCAGUUCAGAUAUUCCUCAAACUAUGGUUUCUGCAACCUUGUUUGCUCAAGGACCCAUAGCCACUGCUGCAAGUUCAUCCAAUUGCAUGACAGCCACUGGAGCAGAUGGAAAAAAGUCAUCACCUAUGUCUAGCAAGGAAUGCUUAUGUGUGUCAGUCUAUCAUAGGGAUGAAAAAUCUGGAUUUACUAAGCUCCAAUUAUUUCAGCCUCAACCUGUAUGUAUGAUUCAGUGGAGACCAUCAAAUGCAGCACAAUCAGAAAAAAAUAUUUCACGCUCAUGGAGGGAUGUGCUUUUGACAUGUUGUUUAGAUGGCACAGUAAGAUUGUGGAGUGAGAUUGAAAAUGGGAGAAAUAAAAAAUCGAGUAAGGAUGCGCAUGAUAAAAAAACUCUUAAAAGAACAUAUCAUGUUACUGCAGUAAUUGAAAUAAACCAGCAUUUAAGGGGAACUAUUGACAUGGACAUAUAUAUUUCUUGGGCAACAGAAUAUGGAGGCAUAGUUUGUGAAGUUGAAGGAGGUAAUUAUUGUUUGAUAUCAGAAACUUCUGAACAUAAUCAUAUUGGCAAAUGUGAGUGGAUUAUUAGUGUGGGUCCUGGGUCAGCCUUGACUUUCUGGGCCAUCCAUUGUCUCGAUGAUUCAGCCCCGCUAAGAUUUCCAAGGGUCACUUUGUGGAAGACACAGGAGUUGAUGGAAUUCAAAGGGUGCAAAAAUUUCAAUUCUGACCAUUUGUAUCUCAAAGAUCGACCAGUUUUUGUAAACGCUGUUGCUUCAAGAAUUCAGCCAUAUGGUCCACCAGUUCAUUGCUCCUUGCUUCAGUUGUUACCAGAUAAUUCUUUCAGUUGGUUGCAGUUAUAUAAUCCAAUGUCAAAUAGUAAAGAAGAUGAAUCGUCAUGUCAGACUAGCAUGGAGAAAUGUCUUUCAUGUGUUUCAGGUGGAGUUUUAAAACAAGAUGGCCACACUGGGAAGAUAGUGGAACUUGAUGUGCAUCCAUGUUAUUCUGAAAUGGAUCUUGCUGUCUCUUUAGAUUGUAAUGGUUCCCUCCUUUUCUGGUCCCUUUCAACUGUUUCUAGUUACACUUUCCGUGUGCCAGCAGCCAUCCAUCCAUUAGGGAAAAUUUUGGGAAAAAUUAUUCUCCAUGAUAUAUCAUCGGUUACUAAAUAUUCUGCCGUAAGGUGGGCACCUUUAGUUUUGGGGGAGAACCACUUUCUUCUUCUAGCGCAUGCUGAUGGAAUUGACUGUUUUGUGAUUCAAGUAUCUGAGAAAGAAGAGGCUCUCCUAUGUCAGAAAAUACUCUCGAUUCCCUUUGGUGGGCUUGGUCGUGAUGGUCCGCCUGACCACAUUUUCACCACAACAAUGACUUCUACCAAUGGAUGCUCUAUUUUUCCAAAUGGCUUCUUGCUAUGUGGCAUAUGGAUGGACAAAUUUCAGGCUUUAUCAUGGAAAGUGGUCCUGCACUUGGAGGAUCCAUCUGGAAGCAACUGUAAAUGUGAUUCUGGUUCUGAGAUGGUCUCUGAUUUGAAGAGAAAUGUAGUCCAUUUUGCGGGAAAACAAGUAUAUGCAACUGCUGGCAUGUGCUCAUCAUUUUUACCAGAUCCUUAUGAUCAUGACCAAGUCACCAGUGUUGCUGUCCUCCCACCUGAUGUUCAAGCAUUACCUGUCCAAAAUCAUGUCGCCUUUUCUACCGGUUCUGAGAUGAAUUCUUGCAUGUACACUAUGGCUACAGGAUGCUCUGAUGGCACGUUGAAAUUGUGGAGAAUAUGUUAUGGUGGAAACACUACAAAUUCUAGAAGUGAGUUCCUUCCAUGGGAGAUUGUGGGUAUGCUCAAUGCUCAUCAAGGCCCAGUAAGUGCAGUUUCUUUGUCUACUUGUGGUGGUAAAAUUGCUACCAUUGGCUUGGAUGGACAAAGUAACAAUAACCUUCAUAUAUGGGAACCUGUGUGUCUGAUAGGUGGUGGGAAUUUUUUGCUGGAAGAUGUCAUAUCCUUGACUGGGGCUGUCAUUGCUUUGAAUUGGAUGACUACAGGGGAUGGCCGGUUGCUCCUUGGAGUCUGUAUGCUAAACACAUUGUGUGUAUAUUCUGCAAAAAGAUUAACCAAGAAAGAUUUAGUGAAGUCAAAGGAGUCAAAAGAUAUGAACAUAUGGUUUUGUAUUGCACAAUCUCAUGUUUACCCUGUGUGUCAAGACUUCUGUUGGGGACCUAAAUUAUCUCCUGUACUUGUUCAUGAGAAGCAUAUAUCUCUUUUCAGUCAGUGGUCAUCCACAGCAGAAAACAUACUUAAUGAAGGUUGCUCUGCAACAUUUGUCUGUAGAACAAACAAGAAUUCACCUUUUGCUCUUUAUACUGAAAAGGAUAUAUGUAUUGCCAAUGAACCAAUAGUUGCUAAGAGUAAUCACAAUGACAACCAUGAUGGCCAGAAUUUAAAAUUUGUGGGAAAACUGUAUGAUUUUGGUGCAAGCGGGUUAUAUAGUGUUCUUGAUAUUUCUGAGAGAUUACAUGGCUGUUUGGUGGCCUAUCAUCCUCAGGCACUCAUGCACUUUCUGUACUCAGGAAAUUGGAGGCAUGUGCUUGCUAUUCUGGGCCAUCUCGUGGAAUCUAUCAAGUCUAACGAAGAUUCUGCUGGUCCUCUGGAGAUCGGUAAAUCUAAAUAUCCUUCUCAUAAGAUUUUAGAAAUUCAACUUUUAGCAUACUUCCCGGAAACUGUUUUGACAAGUUUAUCCGAUAAAAAGCUUCAGUGGGGUCAAGACAUCUCCUCUUCAAUGUUGAGCUUUGAACCUCAAAGGAACUUGCUUCAGUUUGGAGAGUUUGAUUCACUUACUAAUGCUCCCAACAGUAUUUUAACUCCUAUUUCUGAAAAAUCUGAAAUAACUGGGCUCAUUGACACUCUUGAGAAGACUUGCUAUAUUCCUGGUAUAAUUGACAUUGAGAAAACUCAAAUCCUGUCAAUUGUUGAUCUUGUGGGUGAAGUCAGUGGCGCAAGUGGUGGUUCUGUGUAUCAAAGUCUUGAUGAACCUGGCAGGAGGUUUUGGGUUGGAGUGCGAUAUCAGCAUUUAUACUUUCUCCGUAAAUAUGGAAGAUCUGCUGCUGCAGAAGAGCUUGUUGUUGACUCUGCAUUGGCCUCAUGGGCCUUUCUGUCUGAUUGCAAGGAGAAUCUUUAUGAUUCUAUUCUCUCUGCAGAACCAUCAUGGUUAGAAAUGCGAAAUAUAGGAGUAGGAUUUUGGUUCACAAAUACUACACAACUACGAACAAAGAUGGAGAAGCUCGCUCGGUCACAAUAUCUGAAAAAGAAGGAUCCAAAAGAUUGUGCGCUUUUGUACUUAGCCUUGAACAGGGUUCAAGUUUUAGCUGGUUUGUUCAAGAUCAGCAGAGAUGAGAAGGACAAAUUGUUGGUUGCAUUUCUUUCACGGAAUUUCCAGGAAGAAAAAAACAAAGCAGCUGCCUUAAAGAAUGCCUACGUUUUAAUGGGAAGGCAUCAACUAGAACUUGCUAUUGCUUUUUUCUUGUUGGGAGGUGAUCCUUCUUCUGCAGUUACAGUCUGUGCAAAAAACCUUGGCGAUGAACAACUUGCCCUUGUAAUUUGCCGGCUUAUUCAGGGGAUUGGCGGGCCACUGGAGCACCAACUUAUAUCAAAUUUUCUGCUACCUUCUGCAAUAGAAAAAGGGGAUUACUGGCUUUCGAGCAUGUUUGAAUGCAUGUUGGGGAAUUAUUCUCAAUGCAUGAAUAAUUUAAUCAAUUGUCAAAUGGGGCCUACGACCAGUAAACCCCCUACUUCCGCCAAUAAGGCUGUUUUUUUAGAUCCAAGUAUUGGCCGCUAUUGUGCGAUUUUAGCUACCAAAAAUAGUUUGAAAAAUUCAAUUGGUGACUACUUGGCUAUAACGCUGUCCAAAUUAGCAAUGGUGAUGGUUUCGAUUGCCUUGAAGAGAUGUGGACUACCUUUUGAAGCGCUUGAAUGUUUGGCUUCCUCUUUUGGCAUAGAGGGUAAAGAUAAGAUAAACUUACCAGGCACUGGAAGUCAAAAUAUUUUCCAUGGAUUACUGAAUUCAUUCUUGAGUAAUGGAGCUUGCAACUGGCUGCUGGGAGACGUGGCUUGUCAUCUAGAGUCAAAUGCUAAAUUAAGUAUUGCAUUGCAGUAUAUCACAAUGUUGCUGUAUGAUCAUCUAAACUCCCCAUCCACUGAUUUAGUACCGUCAGAAAAAUUGACCAUUCAUGGGUGUGAUAUUCAGAAAGAGGAACUCCAGAUAAGGAAAUUCAAAGAUAAGCUGAACAUGGUGAUGUCAACAUUUGAACAGAAAUAUUCACUGAAUCCAGUUGACUUGAGUAACAAGGUAUUAAUACUGUCUUGCAAUAAGGAACAUCUAUAUUCUGGUUAUUUGUUUUUAGAGAGCUAUAUUUUUGGAGGGCGGAAAACCGAUUGCUAUGGCCCUGAUGGUUUUACUUUAAAUUCCUAUCUGCCAAGGAUGCUUUUAAAAUCAAGCAAAGAAAUCUCAUAUUUGGUAGCUAGAUAUGUGGUCUUCUGCGGUUUGACUGAUUCAACUCUGAAAUUGAAUUUUAGUAAUAGUGUCGACUUUAGAAAGAAUUACUACAGUCAGUUUUAUCCAGUCAAUUUUUGCCUGCAGAAUUUGCUCUAUUCAUUGAGCACUUUUAGAUCAGUUUUCAAACUUUACAAUGGUGGUAUUCUUGAUGAAGUUCUGACUUCUAGAGCGUUAGUUGUUCUAGAUUUUUAUGAAUGUUGUGUGCAUAUUGCUUUUGCUUGGAUUAAGAGGGACGUAAAAGAUCUAAUUCUGAUAUUCAGAUCAAUUUUAAAUUUGUCUGCAAACAACCAGUCAUCAUUUGGAGUUACUGCCAGUGAGUUGAUGAAAAUUUUACGUCAGACCUCAGAGUCGAGGGUUCAUGACAUGCCAAGGGAUGAUAUCUGCAAUAUUCCAGAUUCUAAAUGUGAAGAAAAUAAUCUAAAACAAAUUGAUUCACGAAUAGGAUUUAUAUCAGAAGAUGAUAGAUGGCAGCUAAUAGGGGCUUGUUUAUGGCUGUAUGUAGUUACUUUUGCCAAGCAUCACUUGACUAAUUCCUCGGUGACUGAAAUGCAUGAUGGUGAGAAUACCAUGGUAAAUAUUUUCCCCUUUUUCAGUGCGAAGAUGGUAAUAACCUCUCUGGAAUAUAUUUUUUCUUCUUUGAGCAAGCAAUUUACGGCAUUACUUAGGCAGAAAGCAUUAAAAGGCUUGCCUGUAUCUUCUCUUCCUUGGUUGUAUGAAUCUGGUCAGUCUCAACCCAGAUCUGCGUGCCAUAAUUCUAGUCAGAGAGUUGGCAGAUUGCAACUGACUGGAAAUGAGGACAUUGAAUCCUUGCUAGAUUUACUUUGUGAAAUUUCUCUUAAUCCUGAGGAUCUUGUUACUUACCUUUUGAACGACAGACUUAAUUGCUUUCCUUCUCACAAGGCGAAGUGUACUGUCUGGCAAGAUGGUUAUAAAGAUUUCCUGGUUGAUCGAGCCACCUCUGAGAAUCGUAAAACUGAAACUCAAGUAAGCAAUGAGAUUUCUAAAAAUGAGUUUAGAUUACCUACUCAGAAUAGUGUCUUCAAAACCAAUGACCCUCUUGAGGCCAAAAGAACAGAUUCAACUCUCCAAGAAUAUACCAUUUCUUUCCACAGUCCGAAGGAUGUGUUUAAGAGAAAUGGAGAACUAAUUGAGUCUAUUUGUUUUAACUCGGUUGAUGAACAACAAGUUGCACUUGCAAGUAACCGCAAGGGACUUCUUUUCUUCAAUUGGAAUAUGGAGGAAUCGUUUCAUGAGAAACAAGACUAUAUCUGGUCAGAGUCAGAUUGGCCCAAAAGUGGAUGGGCAGGGUGUGAAUCUACUCCAAUUCCUACGUUUGUUUCAACAGGCAUUGGUCUUGGAGGCAAAAAAGGGUUACACCUUGGGUUGGGUGGAGCAACAACUGGGCAUGGUUCUUUGGCAAGACCAGGAAGGGACUUGACAGGCGGAGGGGCAUUUGGCAUUCCAGGUUAUGCUGGAAUUGGGGCCUCAGGCUUAGGUUGGGGUGAACAAGAGGAUGUCACAGAUUAUGUAGAUCCACCAGCAACGGUUGAGAACAUUAGAUCAUGUGCCUUGACAAGUCAUCCUUCAAAGCCUUUCCUUUUAGUUGGUUCUAGCAACACCCAUGUUUACCUUUGGGAGUUUGGCAAGGACAGAGCUUUGGCUACCUAUGGGGUCCUUCCUGCUGCUAAUGUUCCUCCACCAUAUGCAUUAGCAUCAAUCUCUGCUUUGAAAUUUGACCAUUGUGGCCACCGUUUUGUUACUGCUGCAUUAGAUGGAACUGUAUGCACAUGGCAACUCGAGGUUGGAGGAAGAAGCAAUGUCCACCCUACCGAGUCAUCUCUCUGCUUUAGUAAUCACGCGUCGGAUGUUGCGUAUUUGGGAACAAGUGGUUCAGUUGUGGCAGCCACUGGAUAUAGUUCAAAUUGUCUUAAUGUUGUUGUAUGGGAUACAUUGGCUCCACCUUCAACAUCUCAAGUUUCUCUUGCCUGUCAUGAAGGUGGUGCUCGUUCUCUCUCUGUCUUUGGCAGUGACAUUGGGAGUGGCUCUGUUACGCCAUUGAUAGUCACAGGCGGAAAAGGUGGUGACGUGGGUCUUCAUGACUUCCGUUACAUUGCAACUGGAAAGUCCAAGCGACAUCGGCAAUCGGGUGAUCAGGACCUAAAGUCUUCCUCUAUACAAAAUAAUAACACUGAGACUUUAAAGCAUGGUGAAAAUGCAAAUGGGAUGCUUUGGUACAUACCGAAAGCUCAUUCAGGAAGUGUUACUACAAUAUCAACCAUCCCGCAUACUAGUUUGUUUUUAACUGGUAGUAAAGAUGGUGAUGUCAAGCUUUGGGACGCUAAAAAGUCACAGUUGGUUUUCCAUUGGCCAAAACUCCAUGAUAAGCACACUUUUCUUCAACCAAACUCUAGGGGCUUCGCUGGCGUUGUCAGGGCUGGGGUAACAAAUAUCCAGGUUCUUUCUAAUGGUUUCCUAUCAUGCGGCGGAGAUGGUUCAGUGAAACUGGUGCAACUUAGACAAACAUCUUGACAUGAAUAGCUAUCAUAUUGGUCAGUGUUUCAAUAUUACUGAAACUUCAACCAAGUUAUUUCUCGGAAGACUUUGAGGAUUUCACGCAGAAUAUAAGCCAAGAAACUAUCCAACCAUAUCAAUGAUGCAGGGAAUGCCUUCAAUUAAGUAAUCCCUUUAUUUUCUGCGCUUAAAGAAAUUCGAAUGCCGAGAAAAUCUGAUGUCAAACACCUGUUGAUCAAGUGAAGAAUGAUUAAAACCACUCUAAGCAGCAGCACCAGAAGACCUUCAGAUUGUUCUCUUUGUUCUUUCUUUCAGAAGUCCAAUUUUCUGUCGUCUGUUUGCGUAUUCUUUGCUUUUAUGGCUUUGUCUGCGGACUGUUGUUAUGAAAACCACACAAAACUAUUGUACAGGCAUAAAGCUAAUAACUCUGCUGUCUUUACAAGAUUAUAUAGUUUUCUGUCUGUUUUCAUUGUAAUAUUAUAUAAUUGGUAUGCGUAAGGGUGACAUUCAUUCUAUAAAUUUCAGUAUUACUGCAAUGAGAAUCA